UUUGCUUAGUUUUUCCUAAUCAGUAUGUACUACAUUUAUUUUUAAUCUUCCAAUCUCACCAUUGAAAUCUUAACAAUGCAGUGUGCAAUUAAUAACGAAUAUGUAUGUAUCUGCUAUGAAUUACAGCGCCUCUUAUAUCUUCAGCAGGGACCUCUCCAAGUUGGCGACGCUGAGGGAGAGUGCACUUUUCACAGCAUUGGCUGUGGCUGAUGCCGGUGAAAAGGAACAACUGGAAAGAAUUGUGAUGCGGAUUCCUAACCUGCCUUUGAAUUACAUGCUUGACAGCAAACCUGUGAAAUACACAAAAAGCAUCAAGUGUAGCAAGUACCCGACCUUGUAUGAUAUUCAGUUUAACAACAUCUACUGGCAAGUCCUCCACACCACAAACGGAACCUUUUACUUAUACAGUGCCUUUUUUGACAAUCGUCCAGCAUCCCCUGAAAAGCCGUCCGUUCGCAUUUUGGCCAUGGUAGAUCGUGUCACCCCUGCCGUUACCACCCGCUGCCAGCUCUGGUAUGAAGGCGAAAAGGAGCCAAUCGUAUCCAAGAUUUCCGAAUACAAAUAUAUUUGGGUUAAAUCAUAUGGUAAUUACAAGAAUGGUAUCUUGCAACCUUACCUUCUUCAAUGCAUUGUCCCUAAGGAUUUCAACAAGCGAGUGCCGCUCUCAGUAUCCCUGGUGGAAGAUCGAUGUGAUCCCCCCAAAAAUAACUUGCGAGUCAUUAACAAUCUCCCAGGUGAAGGUGGAAAGGAAAACUUUGCUGUUUGUGUCAAAGGAAUAAGUGGAUCACAAGACAACAGCUUGAAAAUGGUAGAGUGGUUGGAGUUGAUGUUCCUUCUCUCUCUGACUGACUGUCGUGGUGAGCGGACGUCCAUACCUGAGCUGCGCGCUACCACACUGCCUACACCACCUGAUCGCUUUGUUUACGUAUUUCGCCAGCCAGUCCCUUGCACUGGCUGCUCCAGCAACAAGAUGACAAAGACAAGAGGACAACAUAACCAGGCGGCCGGUCAGACAGCCCAGCAGGGUACGUCUACUGGGCCAGCAGCUUCGUCAGUUCCUCCAGUGGUUUCCUCACCUACCCCUUCUGCGCCAUCAGUGCUGACCACCACCAACGUGACUAACCCUGUGUGUACCUCACCCGCCGACCUUCUGAGUCUCGUUACCGCUGACACUGCCACCAUAUCAGAGGAAGGUAAAACUAUUGUUAACACCAUUGUGAAAGCUGUGCAGAUCCUAAUUAAUCAGAAAGACCAGACAAUAGAAAAGAUGCAAAAUCACAUUGUUCAACUUGAAAACAAAAUUGCAGAAUUAGAAAAUGAAAUUGAAGAAGAAAAAGAAAUGCUGGAAAGAAAAGUUGGUGAUCUGAAGAAAGAGUUGGCAGGCAUAGAAGGUUCCUUGAGAGAUGCUGAGGAAAAAAGUACCAAGCUGCAACACCAACUCUCCAGUAAGGUUGAAGAACUGAAGAAGCAACAGAAUAUCAUACACAAGAGCAGCAGAAAGGAUCAGCGCUUGUUUAGCCAGACCACACUUGCCCUCGCCGGCUCUUAG